AUGGCCGCAGCAAGUGUAGCCUAUCCAGUCCUUCCGCCUACCUGGGACUUUGAUUUCCCAUCCCGUCCUAUAUCUAAGAGCAAACUCGUCGGGAGAACACAACACCUUACUGAGGCAUUCAACCCAACAGCUACGCAAGCUGACAGGACCUUCUUCGACAAUGACUAUACUCAAGCUGCGCAGGACGCCGGCAUCCAGAACAAAGAUGACAUCGAAAUGGUUGAUGCACCAGGAGACGAGGCAUCGACGGAAGCCGGAGAUGAAGUAGACGAAGAAGAUGAAGAGAUCAGCGCAGAGGAAUUGGCAGCACAUGCGGAACUCCUACGAAGCGGCGUACAAGGUGUCGCGGCCAUUAUGACUUCGCCGAAAGAAGUGCCAAUGAUCGUCGCUAUCGAGGCACAGAAGGCUGCAGGGAUGAUCCGAGAUCUGUGGGUCUCGACGAGUAAGAGCGAAGUCGACGAGAUUAUGAUUGACCUGGAACGGAUUAAUGAGACCAUCCGGAGACUUACCGCACAGAUCCAUCCCGCAAGCGUCGCCGACAAUCCUCAGCAGCGGUUUGAGCAUUAUGUUAUUUACACUCGAGCAAUCCGAGACUCGAUCGAGGCAACACUAAGUUGGAUCCAGAUCUGGCGUAUCAGCUCCGACCAUACCAGCCGCCGUAACACUGCAAGGCUCUUGUUGCAAGAGUGCCUGACUUUUGUACAGCCACUAGACCGCUCCGCACUAGAGUGGAAGACUGUUGUACCCCCAAAAGUACAGCUUGCAGUGCAACGCAUUAUUGAGUGGGGCUAUGCCGAGUUUGAUCCAGACCAACGUGAUCUAUUACGACGAGUUCUUACUCGCGAAUCCCAGGCUGCGAGGUUUCAAGUUGCGAUAGUUGAGAACGAGCAACAAGCGUUUGAGGACUUCUUUACUGCGGUGUCUGCGAAGCAAAAAGCACCUGCGAAACGUGCGAUCCGGAAACUCGAAGCAACUAAUGCCUCACUCGUCAGAGCCAACAGGCAAGCAGGGUUCCACAACGGAGACCAUGCAUUGCCAGUAGAAAAGAUGGACGAAUUCUGGAGGUCUCGGGAACUCUGGCAAGGGCCUGAGCAGGAUCGUGGGGUGCUGAUCGGCAGGUUCAAAAAAUUCGUGACCAUGUAUAUGGAAGGCACUGGAUUUCCCGGUGUUAGCGCGAAACUUGACGGCAUGGUGACGGUCCCGACAGGUGGAAUCACCCUCCUGGCUGUACAACAAGCCUAUAUUGACGCUAAGAAGCUACAAUUCAAGAAUCCUUUGACACUGGAGUAUCCGAUCAAUACGACCGCAUCAUUAGAAACCGCCUCAACGCGCCUCAUAGCAGCCCGUCCAACGCUCGAAGCUUCCUCUCGCUCGCUCGAGAGUCCAUCCACUACGAUACAGGGCCCAGCGGCAAGGCCAGCGCUCGAAGGUCCAUCUAAUUUGCAACAGGCCGUAACUCCUCCAACCAUGGAUGAGCUUGAUACAUUACCGGACGCCGAGUCAACAACGGCUACGCAAGUUAAUCUUGGGGACCCCAAUUUCGCUUCCCGUUCUAUUGCUUCGCCAUUCGCUACGGAGAUCCCGGCAUCUGCCCAGCCCCGGGCCAAUGGACCACCACAAGUUCGAAGCAUGCCCGGGCCUUGCUACGAGGAUGGGAAUACGCAUAUCGGGAAGAUCGUAGGCGUACGUGCGCUGAAGGGCCCGUUUCGUGGUUACCGCGUCAUCGUCAAUGUAGGCACCGAGCAAUGCCCGGUCUAUGAAUGCAAGAAGGGUAGCGACUUUGGCAGAAGGAUGGGCGAGGAGUUGUAUAGCAAAUAUCCGCUUCCCAUGCCAACGCACCUUACCGAUCGACUGGCAAGCCACAUUCAUAGUAUAACUGGCAUUGCAGAGGUAGCACGAGAACCAGGCGAGUAUCAGCGGGCAGCCAUUACCUAUUUCCUCGUGCACUGGACUCAAGAAUCGCAACGUGCCUUUUCCGGAUCACCCGCUUCAGAGUGGAUCACCCGAUCAGAUGCAAUCGCUAUUCUGGGAAAGCACCUGGUCGACGAUCGUACUACGGGGUAUCGUGCAGGAUUGGCGAAGAUCAAGGCGCAGAUGAGCUCAUGGCUGAAAGAUUGCACCUCAAAUGGACUCGAUCCGGAUAGUGGUCGACCCAUUAGCGAGGAGCGUAAGCGACAAUUGCCUUGGCUCUUUGCACCUACACUGAGUGACGUGGACAACGAGCCCACUCAGCAGCAGCAUCGUCCUGGACCUUCCGACGCUGACGCCGUGCCCAACAUACAGAUCGGUACCAACUGGUCACGCCCAAAUCAUGCUCCGUCUUCUACCGAAUCUUCCUAA